GAAUUCGCGUGAGGAGCGGAGAGUUAUUUGUGUUGUCGGAGUGUGUGCGCCCUGUGCGGGUAUCGGGGGGUGUGUUUGCGGGGAAGCGAGCGUGCGUUUGACGCGACAGCAAAGGCGAGCGAGCUGGCGGACUUCAACAUGGCAUCCGGCGAGACGCUGUACAUCGAGGCGGACGGCUCGGAGAUGCCCGCGGAGCUCGUGGAGCUGCACGAGAUCGAGGUGGAGACCAUCGAGACUACGGUGAUCGGAGACGAGGAUGACGAGCAGCCCAUGAUCGCGUUGCAGCCGCUGGUCACAGACGACCCGAGCCAGGUCCACCAGCACCAGGAGGUGAUCCUGGUCCAGACCCGCGAGGAGGUGGUCGGCGGAGACGAGUCGGAGCCCCGGGAGGACGACGACUUCGAGGACCAGAUCCUCAUCCCGGUGCCCGCGCCUUGCGCGGAGGAGGAGUACCUCGGGCAGACUCUGCUGACUGUCGCGGGCAAGAGCUCCGUGGGGCGGGUGGGGAAGAGAGCGGCGUCGGGGGGCAAGAAAGCGGGCAAGAAGAGCUACCUGAGCGCGGCGGAGGCUAGCGGGAGGAAAUGGGAGCAGAAGCAGGUGCAGAUCAAGACUCUGGAGGGCGAGUUCUCCGUCACGAUGUGGGCUUCGGAUGACAAGAAGGACCUCGAUCAUGAGACGGUGGUGGAGGAGCAGGUCAUCGGGGAGGACUCUCCUCCGGAUUACUCCGAGUACAUGACGGGGAAGAAGCUGCCUCCCGGUGGGAUCCCGGGGAUCGAUCUGUCGGACCCGAAGCAGCUGGCGGAGUUCGCCAGCCCCUUCAGUCCCAGUGGAGCUGGUUUUGCUCGUAGUCCCGCUCGAAUGAAGCCGAGGAAGAUCAAGGAGGACGACGCUCCUCGGACAAUAGCCUGCCCGCACAAAGGCUGCAGUAAGAUGUUCAGGGAUAAUUCAGCCAUGAGGAAGCACCUGCACACUCACGGUCCGCGGGUUCAUGUGUGCGCCGAGUGCGGGAAAGCCUUCGUGGAGAGCUCCAAACUCAAGCGCCAUCAGCUGGUUCACACCGGAGAGAAACCCUUCCAGUGCACGUUCGAGGGCUGUGGGAAGCGCUUCUCUCUGGACUUUAACCUUCGGACACACGUCCGGAUUCACACCGGGGACCGGCCCUAUGUUUGCCCGUUCGACGGCUGCAAUAAAAAGUUUGCUCAGUCCACCAACCUCAAAUCACACAUCCUGACACACGCCAAAGCCAAAAACACCCAAUGAACUGCGGCGCGGCGUGCUGUCCUGGAGCAUCGUC